AUGGCACUCGCAGGAACGACAGGAUCCGAGCUAUCGCGCAGGGAGUGGGGAUAUGCCUUUGCGCUGGUGACCUCUCUCUUCUUCACGUGGGGCUUUGCGUACGGCCUCCUUGAUGUCCUCAACGCACAUUUCCAGACCGUCUUCGGGAUCUCCAAGCUGCAGAGCACGAUGCUCCAGCUUGCCUACUUUGGCGCGUACUUUGUCUAUGCGCCGAUAGCUGGAUUGUUUAUGAGAAAAUAUGGAUACAAGAAAGGAAUCCAUAUGGGAUUGACCUAUUACUCUAUCGGCGCCAUCUUUUUCUGGCCGUCCGCCAAAUACGCGAAGUAUGGUGGUUUUGUCGGAUCGACGUUUGUAAUUGGUUGCGGACUAUCGUGUCUUGAGGUCGCAGCCAAUUCCUACAUCUCCGUGCUUGGGUCUCCCAAGUAUGCGGCGGCGCGACUCAACUUUAGUCAAGGCUUCCAAGGCGUCGCAUCCUUCGCCGGUCCGAUGAUUGCCUCUCGAUGGUUCUUCACUGGGAAGAACGCCACCUCGCUCUAUACCGUACAAUGGGUCUACGUUGCCGUCGCCGGUCUCGGGUUGGUCCUCAACAUCCUGUUUUAUUUCUGCCCCUUGCCGGAAAUCACGGAAGAUGCGCUGUCGGCCGAGAUGGAAGGUGCAGGCGUGCAGACAGAUCAGGAGCCAUUUUGGAAGCAGUAUCACUGUAUUUUUGGCUGGAUCGCACAGACGACCUAUACGGGUGCGCAAGUAGGAGUCGCUGCGAUGGCAGUAAACUUCUUCGUCGACCAGAAUGUCGGGAUUAAUGAGUCCGAAGCCGGACAAUUAUUCUCUUACUGUCAGAUCACAUUCACAGUCGGCCGCUUUGUCGGCGUGGUACUGCUAAACUUCAUCGACCCUGCGUUGAUGCUCUCUGUCUACGGAGUGGCAUGCUCGGCGUUCGCUCUUGGCACGGCGUAUGCGCCAGGAAGAGGCGGUGUGGGAUGUCUGUUUGGGCUGUUCUUUUUCGAAUCUAUCUGUUAUCCUGUCAUCUUUACCCUUGCUACCAAAAAUUUGGGUCGCUACACAAAGAAGGGCUCCGGACUUGUCGUAAUGGGUGUUGGAGGCGGUGCUUGGUACCCUCCUGCGCAAGGCUCCAUCGCAGACACCAACACUGCUCACUCAUACAUCGUUCCAUUUACUGGAUAUGUGGCGAUGACCGUUUAUGCCGUUGGGAUGGUCAUUGAUCAGGCGCGUAAAGGCGGAUUCCGCUUCCGAACUGUUGAGGAGUCCUAUAUAACGAAAGAGAAGCACACGGAUCUAGAGUCUGAGUCCGACGGUGACAGAAAAUCCCCAAUUCCGCUGGAAGAGAAGAAGGGGGAUGAAGAGUAUGUAGAGGCAGUAGAGGCAAUAUCAUAA